AUGUCUGAGAGAACGGGAACAGACGGGGCGAAGCCGAAGGGGACGACUGGGAAACCAGGCGGGGGGCCGAGCAAACUCAAUGCUCAAGUUCAGCAGCUCUUUGCUCGAAUGCAGCAAGAAAUUGAAGACGAGAAACCGGCUAAUGUCAUUUUCUUCAUCGUUGACUUCCUCUGCAAGCACUAUCCUGAGCAUCUUCAAGGUUUCGCAACGAUCUGGAAUGCAGACCCCGACCUGGAGAAAGAAAGACUGGGCGUCGUAGAAUUCUUCCGUGCACAGAAGCUGCCCACGGAAAUUGCGGCCCACUUUACAAACGCUGGUUUUGACACACUGGAGACUCUGUGCACGCUGACAUCCGAGUCUUUGGACGACAUUGAGAAGUUCAAUCAAGUACGCUGGCUCCCAGGACACAAAGUCAGACUGCAACAAACAUUCGCAGACAUCGCUGGCCGUGUUCGAACUUUCACCGAGGAUAAGGAAAAUCUCGCCCGGGCGAUGAGAGCAUCAAUGUACUGUCAUCAUUCUCAACUGAUGAGCAAGCCUAAUCUUCUUCCAUCUCAUCCUGUAACAGUAAUUCAAGGCGCAUCGCCCUCUGCGAGUCCCCCUUGCUACUUCCCCCCCCCAACUUCUACCCCCGUCGCUCUCCCGACAGCAACCGCACACCGUUCAAUUCCCUACAGUCCAGUGUACCAAUAA